AAAAGCCUGGCGGGUAAAUUGGCCAGUGGUGCUGCUUUCAACUGAGGCUGCUUGACUCUCACUUCACCUGUGUGCAUUUUUAGCUAUUUGCUAAUAUCAAGUCUAUCUGUCUGUCUGUCUGUUUGUCUGCCAAUAUGCUGGUUCGGGCGAUCCUGCAGACCUCACUGGUCCUGUGGCUGGUACAGAGCACCAUACAAGGAGGAGUUAGGCCACAGACUGGAGCCCUGGGAAGAUUGGCGAGUCGAGGUCCUGGUAUUGGUGUAAAGUCUGGAGGUCCAGUGGCUGGUAUCCUCGGAGUCCGUGGCUAUGGGGCAGGCAAGCCAGGAAAAACAGGUUCUGGCCGUUAUCUUGGAGGAGCGGCAUACAGACCCACUGCAAUCAGAGGAGGCCUGAAACAAGGAUAUGGAACACUUGGAGGUUAUGGAGGAGCUUCAAACCUUGGAACUGGCCUCGGGGCUGCUGGGCUGGGACUCGGCACAGGGUAUGGCCUAGGCAACGGGCUGGGAGCAGCCUUAGGUUAUCCAGCAGGGAAGCUCGGAGGAAGAGGUUACACCAGUAAUGGCUAUGGAGCACAGCUAGGUUAUGGCGCAGGAGGAUACCCCGGCGCUGGACGCGGAUAUGGUGUACCAGCUGGCACACCCACAGGGCAAGGCUCAAAACCAUCAAAACAGGGUGUUGGGCCCAGAGGUGGCCAGCCCGUGUCACAGGGAGAGAGGGGCGAUGGUUACAGUCGCGGAUGGGUCCCUAAUGGACAGGAUGCUAUAGCCAAUGGUUUCCCCUCAGGACCAGGAGUGACCAAUGGAAUGAGAGCUCAAAUUAAGGGUUAUGGUCCAGCAGCAGAUAUGAUUAAUGGACGAGGAAUUAUAAACAAUGGACCAGUUUUGCCCAGUGGACAGGGCACCAAACCAUCCAAUAUGGGAUACGGCCUUGGUGCUGCUGGUUAUCUUGGAGCUGGUUAUACUGACGGUUAUGGAGCAGGUCUAGGGGCAGGUGGAUAUCCACAGGGAGUUCGAGCAGGAAAGCAGAUUGCAGGCUACAGCAAUGGAUACGGCAGUGAGGUUUAUGGCACAGCAGACGGUUAUGGAGCAGGACCUGCCUACCCAUCAGUGUUAGCUGAUAAUGUUGGCCUGAACGGUAUAGCUGGUCUCGGAGCUGCAGGCCUUGGAGGUCCAGGACUGGUAGUGAACCCCGGCCUGGGUGCUGAUGCCAAGUCUAGGAAAUAUGGGGCUGGUGGAGUUCUUGGAGCUGCUGGAUCCUUGCCUUACGGUGGCCAGCCUGUGGUCUCAGCUGGACUUGGCCCUCAAGGCAAGACUGGUAGUUAUGGUGGGGCUACAUAUGGAGGAAUACCAAGCCUUGGGGCAGACACUUCUUUGGGUGGUACAGGUGGAGCAAUGGAGCCAUUAGCAGGCGGAGCUGUAGGCCAGAUUCCUUACAGUGCACCAGUCAUUGCAGCUGGGCUUGAUGUUGAUGCUGGUUAUCCUUUUGGUGCUGAGCAAGUCAGUCUGGGUGCUGAUGCUACAAAGACAGCCGCCAAAUAUGGCACAGGCUAUGCAGCUGCACUAAGCACUGGUGGUCAGGGGCCCUAUGGUGGACAGAAGGAUGGAAGCAAGCUUAGUGGCAUGUAUGGGAAUGGCUACAAAGGCUGAUUUCCAAGGCCAUGCUGUUAAACUCUUCAAUGUUUUUUUAGCCCCUUUAUGCCUAGUGUUCCUCACCGUUGUGCAGUUUUGUGACAUGUUUUUGUCUGCCAUAUUGCUUUAGUGUUAGUUUUGUGCCCAUUUGCAUGGGCAUGUGUGUUUUGUGUGUACAUGUGGUUUUGAAGUUCAUUGUUAUAUUCCUUAAUGUUUCCCCAGUCUGUUUAUUUGUCUUGUCCAGUGGAGUGUUUCCCAUCCCUUGUGUGUCUCUGUAUCGAACUAAAACAUGCUAAGCA